GCUGCAAUGUUCCAAACAAGAUGAAAACUUGGGGAAUAGAAGCUCCAUGCGGAUCCGAUCCCCAGAAGCCCUAAAAGCCUUCCCUCCUUAAAAAUUCCUCCUAGAAAUUCGAUUAACACGAAAUCCAAUGGAGUAGUUAUCAAGAAAUUCCAAGCCCGAAGUAUUAUUGAAUCACCGUCGGUUGGUUGGAGACUAGAUCGUAGGUAAGUACCGUUAAUAGUUUUUGGGUUGGGAGAAAUCACAAUCGAAAACCGAAUAAAGAAGAAUGGGGAAGAAGAAGAAAAGAGGGGCUAUGGAUAAGGUAUGGUGCUAUUAUUGUGACAGGGAGUUCGAAGACGAGAAGAUAUUGGUGCAGCACCAGAAGGCGAAGCACUUUAAAUGUCACGUUUGUCACAAGAAGCUCUCAACCGCUGGCGGCAUGGCCAUACAUGUCCUCCAAGUCCACAAGGAGCAAGUCUCCAAAGUUCCAAAUGCUAAACCUGGGAGAGAGUCAACGGAUAUCGAAAUAUAUGGAAUGCAAGGAAUUCCGCCUGAUGUGUUGGCCACUCACUAUGGAGAGGAAGAGGAAGAUACUCCUUCGAAAACAGCCAAAGUUGAAAUUACAUCAGCCCAAAUGGUUGGUGGCAUGGUUCCAGGAUCAUUAGGUGUUGGGUUUCCUCCUCGGGCAAAUUUGGGAACAAUGCCACCACUUUAUAAUCCUGCAAUUCCUAUGCCUGCUGGUAGGUGGCCUGUUUUACCUCGCCCACAACCUUGGUAUCCACAAAAUCCUGCUGUUUCAGUUCCACCACCUGCACCGAUGACACAACAGCCCUUGUUUCCUGUACAGAAUGCCAGGCCUCCUGUGCCACCUGCAACAUCCGCUGUGCUUCAACAAUCAAUGCCAAAUACUCCUCCUGGGAUGUCUGCAGCUUCUCCUGUUCCUGUAUCCCAACCUUUAUUCCCUGUUGUUCCUAUCAACAAUUUUCCUCAAAAUUCACCAUUUUCUGCACCUAUGCCUCCAAAUAGCAUUGCAUUAAGCUCUUCUGCAGGACUUAACAGCGCAGAUCCAAACAUGGGUAGUUACACUUCGGCUACUAAUAGUUAUCAUGGCUCUGGCACUCCAGCUGCUGCAAUAUCAGUAAAUUCACAUUCUUAUGCCUCUGGUCCAAAUACUGGUGGCCCUUCAAUUGGACCACCUCCUAUAAUUGCAAACAAGGCUUCAGCUAUGCACCCUGCAACUAACGAGGUCUACUUAGUCUGGGAUGAUGAAGCUAUGUCCAUGGAGGAAAGAAGAAUGUCCUUGUUGAAGUAUCAGGUGCAUGAUGAAACUAGCCAGGUAAGUCAUAAUGAGUUUGUACUCAAAUUCUUUCGUAUGGAUAUGGAGUUGAGUUGCUCAACCAUCCAGGUGCUCAUGCAUUGCUUCUUGUUUCCAAUUUCUCUUGUUUACGCCUUGUUUGAUUUUUAUUAAGGUCCCUGUGUGUGUACUCAAAUUUGUUUUGCUUCCCCUAAAAUCGAGAACAUGUCUGAGCAAUUUGCUCAAAGUAUGUCUCUACUUUUUCUUAACUCUGUUGAUUUGAUGGAAUAUUUUAUCUAUUUUGGCCCCGUUGGCAAGCAAUCCCACCGAUUUUGUGGUCAACAAAGGUUCGAGUAGGUAUUCUCAUUAUCUUCUCUGUAGUUAGUAAUUUAAUUCUGACAAGAAUGCUGCAAUCAACUCCAGGACUCUCCAAACUAGCAUCAUACAACAUUAAGAUGAGUGUACGUUUACGUUUUAAUUUCAUGAAUUCACCUUGUACUUGAUUCAUAAUGUAUUUGGGUUUGGGUGAAACAAGUACACACCAAACAGAUUUUUGCUCAUUCGUAUCGUCAUACAAUGUUUUUUAAGAUCGAACUUGAACUCAAACGUGGCCCAGGUCAGCUCCUUUUGCAGAAUUUGGUAUCAACUAAAAACAUGUUUUAAAAUUUGACUGCAGAUUAUUUGAUUAGCGAUUGUCUCCGUCCUGAUAUCUUUUAACUGGAUUUUGUGUCACAGAUGAGCUCAAUUGAUGCUGCAAUUGACAGAAGAAUAUCAGAAAGCAGGCUUUUUAGCGAGAAAGGAAAUGCUGGUCGCAUGGCUUUUUAGUGGUGGUGGCUGGUUCUAAUCAAGUGCUGAAACACUGGGAAUCUUCGCAGGUUCCAGCUCAAAAUCUGCUGCUUCAACAUUGGAGUUCAUGUUUACUUGUAUUAUUUAUAGGAGAAAGUCAUGCCUUUUUUUUUUAUUGUGGACUACAGAUUUCUCUCUAUUUUAUCUUAGAAUUUUACAGUCGGAUCAGUUGUUUAGUAUUUUAUUUAAAUUACAGAUUUAGUUUGCCUUGAACAAUAAUUUAUGUUGUAUCUUGAAUCAAAGAUGAUUCUUAGCAGUUUAAGCUUCUCUUCCA